AUGGCCAGCGCAGCUUACCCGGUCGCUUCUUUUACAAAGAAGGACAACGGAUGCGACGGCGCGAUGGACGUUGACCAUGAAAGCCACGACGACUUCGACGACGACGAUGACGAUUUCAUGACAGUAAUCAGAUCAAGCAUGACCAAGUUACGCAAGGUGCUUCCUGGCACCAUUUUCGUGAACCAGUUCAACGGCCUUUGA